AUGUCAGAGGAGCGGAGAGACAUCCUCAAGCUGAGCCGUGAUUGGCUGCCUGUUCAGGAAGUGGUGGAUGCCGUCAGCAGCGCUUCCUGUGGAGCUGUUUCAGUGUUUAUAGGUACAACACGUGAAGAUGAGGUGGACGGCAGGAAGGUGAUUGGUCUGGAGUACGAGGCGUACGAGCUCAUGGCCCAGUCAGAGUUCACUAAACUGUGUGCUGACAUUCGAGAGCGCUGGCCAAGUGUGACGCAUAUCUGUGUCCACCACAGGCUAGGGUGGGUGAAGGUGGGCGAGGCCAGUGUUGUCAUGGCGAUUUCGACACCUCAUCGCCAUGACAGCCAGCAGGCAAUCCAGCAUUGCAUCAGCCAGCUGAAGGCCAAUGUCCCAAUCUGGAAGAAGGAAGUGUAUGACACGCAGGAGGCCAGCUGGAAGGAGAACUCUGAGUGUCCCUGGUCGAACAGUGGAGCUCAGAGAGAAAACAUUAACAUGUCGGUGUGAGCUGCUGCAAAUAAAGUGUAUAGUGUUAUCGA